UAAAGUGCAAAAAUAUUGAUAUUUAUAGGGGCCGACGUGCAAUUUACCCUUUUAAUAAUUAAAUUUGCAUGAGAGCAAUGCUGGCUGUUGACAGUUGAGAGUAUAACAAGAAAAACUCACUAAAACACAAUCCUAAACAAGACAAAUUAAAAUUAAAACUUGUCUUAAACUCCAUAAUCAAACAAUUCCAAGAAUAUAUUUCCUGCAACAUCAAAGAACACACCCCCCCUUCGGUUACUCCAAUGUAUUUAAUUAUCUGUCUGUUUUUUCAUUUCUUUUUAUACCACACUACUAUUGCUCCCUAUUUCUCCUCCAACAAAGGAGAAUUUAAAAACUUGUAAUUUUUUUUAUUUUUUUUCCAAGUCGAAAGAAGAAAAAAUGGCGAGAUAUAAUCGUUCGAACACGAAUAGGAGCCUCGAGACGUUAUUGGACUUGGACAAAACCGCCCUCGGCAAUAAAAACUUCGCGAAGCUGCAGCCGACGCGAAAGCUGAUUCCGGGCCACGGACUCGAAUUCAAGAACUUAUCUUAUAGUGUGCUCAAGAAACAGAAGAAAGAAGGUGUUUGGAUCACUAAGGAAACUUAUCUACUAAACGAUAUUUCGGGGCAGGCGAUGAGAGGUGAAGUCAUGGCUAUUAUGGGGCCGAGUGGUGCCGGAAAGUCAACCUUUCUCGAUGCCUUGGCUGGCCGGAUUGCGCAGGGUAGUCUUCAAGGCUCUGUCCGAAUCGAUGGCAAACAAGUAACGACGAGUUAUAUGAAGAUGAUAUCGUCUUACGUGAUGCAAGACGAUCAGCUGUUUCCGAUGCUGACCGUUUACGAGACGUUCAUGUUUGCUGCGGAAGUGAGGCUUCCUCCGUCGAUCUCCACUGUCGAAAAGAAGAGACGAGUUGUCGAACUUCUUGAUCAACUCGGUUUGACUAGUGCAACGCAUACGUAUAUCGGAAACGAAGGGAAAAGGGGGGUGUCGGGGGGUGAAAAACGAAGGGUAUCAAUCGGAAUAGACAUAAUACACAAACCAUCGCUCUUAUUUCUCGACGAGCCAACCUCAGGUCUCGAUUCCACGAGCGCUUACAGCGUAGUCGAAAAAGUGAAAGACAUUGCUAAAAGUGGUAGCAUAGUAUUAAUGACAAUCCACCAGCCUUCUUUCAGAAUCCAAAUGCUUCUAGACAGAAUCACUGUCCUUGCAAGGGGUAGACUGAUAUACCUGGGAAGUCCAGUAUCACUCCCUGCAUACCUUUCCGGAUUCCAACGGCCGGUGCCAGAUGGCGAAAACAGCCUCGAGUACCUACUCGACGUUAUCAAAGAGUACGACGAGUCAACCGUCGGUCUCGACCCUCUUAUCCUGUACCAGCGCGACGCAAUCAAGCCGGACCGAGCCGCUCAAACACCGGCUCGUAAAACACCCAAACGGCUCAAGACUCCAAUGCCGGCGACACCAGCUGGCAGGACCCCCUGGUCGAGCCGCCACAUCAGCCUAUUCUCCAACAGUAACAUGACCCCUCGAGCAAAUCACUCCGCAAAAUUCGAAAACGACGACGACGACGACGAAGACGAAUUCGACGCUUCGUUGGAACGGAAAAGCAAGGCGGCGGCUCAAACGCCGAUGAACCCUAGCAGUGGGGUCUACAACCCGAGAUUAGCUUCACAUUUCUACAAAGACUUCUCCGUUUGGAUAUACCACGGCGUCACCGGCACCCCACGCCGCCCUCCGACGUGGACCCCGGCCCGAACCCCCGGCGUAACGCCAAUGUCGUCCGCCGUCUCGAGCCAUUACUCCGCCACGUCACACCACCGCUCGAAAACCCCCGUCUUCACACCUUCCUACGAAGAAUUCGACGUAGCACCAGCAGAAACAGAAGAAAUACUCGACGAACCGGAGCACCGCCACAAAUUCGCCAACCCAUGGCUCAGAGAAGUAGCGGUCCUCUCGUGGCGAACCGCUCUCAACGUAAUCCGAACACCCGAGCUUUUCCUCUCUCGAGAAAUAGUUCUUACGGUAAUGGCGCUAAUCCUCUCGUCGCUCUUCAAGAAUCUCCACGGAGACGAAUUCAAAACCAUCAACCGACUACUCAACUUCUACAUAUUCUCCGUCUGCCUCGUCUUCUUCUCCUCGAACGACGCAGUCCCCACCUUCAUCCAAGAACGGUUCAUAUUCAUCCGCGAGACGUCACACAACGCCUACCGCGCGUCCUCGUACGUGAUCUCCUCCCUCAUCGUGUACCUCCCCUUCUUCGCGAUCCAAGGGUUCACAUUCGCCGCCAUCACAAAGUACAUCCUCCGACUCAACAGCAGCGUCCUCUACUUCUGGCUGAUCCUGUACGCUUCCCUAAUCACGACAAACGCUUACGUCAUGCUCGUGUCAGCGAUGGUGCCGAGUUACAUCACAGGCUACGCCGUCGUGAUCGCCACGACGGCUCUCUUCUUCUUGACGUGCGGAUUCUUCUUGAAAGCUUCGCAGAUUCCGAGCUACUGGAAAUGGCUGCAUUACAUCUCCGCUAUCAAAUACCCUUUCGAGGCGCUGCUGAUAAAUGAGUUCAAGGGCGCAAAGUGCUACCGCGGAGAGACGAGCGAUCUCUCGCCGGGCCCGCUUGGAGAAGUAAGGAUUAGCGGACUGCAUAACACGUCGAGCGCUGCUCUCGACCCGAAAUGCCAGCUGAUCGGAGAAGAUAUUUUGUUCACGAUGGAUAUUCAUAGGAUCGAGAGUAUAUGGGCCGAUAUAGGCAUACUCCUCGCGUGGGGAGUUCUUUAUCGGCUCUUCUUCUAUUUGGUUCUUAGGUUUUACUCCAAGAACGAACGAAAAUGAACCCCGUUUCGUUCGAAUU